UCACCUUUGAUCCGUGUUCGUUCCUUAAGUUAAAGACAUCUCCCACUCCCUGUUUACAACAAGUAUUAUGCGAGCUACCCUCAAGCCUGGUUCAAAGGUGGCUCUUCUUCAAGCUCUCUUCUGGACGGCUUCAACCAACUUGAAAUACAGGAUCUCAUCCUGACACCCAACGGCCAAUACAGCCAACGGUUGCACAAGGAUGAGCCACAUUUGAGGUCGAAGGGUUCUAGCUUCUAGCUCGCUGCCCCAGGGAUUCCGUGCUCCGUGUGCUUCAUAGGCUCAGACAUAGAAGCAAAAUGUGUUCCCAUCCUGGAUGUCUUCCGUUUGGCUCAUGGCAUUCAUGGAGUGCCUUUGCCUUACAUGUCCAUGGUGCUUCAGGUGCAACCAGCUCGCUUCGAAACCAGCGCUUCAUGCUGCGCUGGAGCACUGUUCAGAUGGAGUCAUGAACGACGUUCGCACUAGUUGAAUGUUCAUUGCAUUGCGCUUUAGGAGGGCAGAUGGAGCAACGUGGAGGAUCUUCACAAGACCAGGCACUGGUCAUCUCGCUGUUCGUCCCAGUCUCUGAAUUCAACCCAUGUUCGCUUCACCGUCACCAGCUCAGAGUAGUCCUGCAAAGGGCCUGGCUGGGACAUUGAAAAUUGGGUCGCGUUUGGAGAUGUGAAAACUAAGGAACGCUCUGCACCAACUUCUCCACGGCUUCAGACGGAAUCGGCUUUCUUUCAAAUGCUUCAGCACAUGUUAAGCACACCAAACAGAGCAGAGGCAUUCAUAUUUGGAGAUUGCUCAUGCCGCUCAUGCAAUCAAACAACUCAGUAUUGAGUACAAAAGGAGUUGUCUUUCAAGCAAGGCCUCAACAAAGCUUUGCUUGCAUCUUCACUCGGCAGUUUGUGGUUCUGUGCCGUUGUCUUCCUCGGCAUGAAGCAUGACUUCGUAUGACUGUCCCUCAAAUUUUGUCGCGCUAAACCCUUCAACUUGAUUCUUUCCUCACAGAGAAACUGGCCAAACCACACGAGAGAAGUCGAGCAGUUGAGCCACUUUUGCCGGUUGAGGUGCUGUCGAUCUAUCGCUGAAAACUGGCGAAAGCUGGGCUAACACGUGUGAGACUUGCUCUCGUCGUUCCGGCGUUACUAGCUUAAGGAGUCCUAAGAGGGUUCUUUUUUUAAAGAGUUCCAUUUGCUGCUUUAGAGCUUUCAAGGGUUCCACGCACGAACACGUGAUGGGUCACAUCACCGUUACCCAUCACGCUUCGAACGCAGGACCAAAACUCUUUGCUUCCCUUCUUGGCGCAGGAUUUCGAGUUGAAAGGGUCACGGCUAUGUGGAAGAAGAGUUAAAACAUGAGUCUUUGGGACUGACUCCUUGAGCAUGUCACUAUGAUGUGGAAAGCACAAAUCAAGACAUGUUCAAGCUCAACGAGAAACUCAACAAAUAGAAUUGCCUUUGAUGUUUCUGAUGCAGUUCGGGCACUUCGCAAAUCGCUAACAUCCUUGGAAGGCUCGUAGCGGAGCAGCAGGGACACCCAAGAAGGGCCGCCUGCCAAUCAUGCAUUCAUUCCGUUCUUAUGCAGCGCGGAAGGAAGCGUGAGAAAGGGUGUCAAAUUGCAUUGGAUUAAUUAGUGAGAAAAUUAAAUGAGGUUUCAGACAAAUUGACCAACUGGAGGGGUGUCUCACCUCCCACAAAGCGGAAGAGUCAGUUCAAAUUGGCAGCUCAAAGCCAAAGCUGUACUUCGUUGCGUCAACGCUGCAGCCCAAAAAUGGACUUUUACAUGUGUCGCUGAUACAGCUGGAGAUCAUGUUCGAAGCAAGUUAUAGAUCGCAUUUUGCUUUGCAUGUUACAUGUUGAUUCGAUUGCAGAUUCAACACCUCGGCAAAGGAAAGAAGAGAUGCAAUGUACUCAAAGCGGCUGAAACGUAAGCUCAAGCUUGUUCCAAUUGUGACUGAGAAGAUAUGCCUCCCGGUACUUUCAUGGCGCCAUGUCCCUGAUUGCUGCUACAGCGCCUUCAAAGGGCAGACAAUGAAAGGUCUGCAAAUUCUUGUUGGCGUCGCGCCAGCUUUCAAGUGCAUCUGAGUCUGCAUCAUUCCAAGUUGAACAUCAAGUCUUGAGCUUUUCAUGUCCACACACCAAAAAAAGCAAGAGAACAUGGAGGAAUAAGGACAUCCGCUUGUGGCGUGUGGCAGUGAAGUUGCGUGUGGCAGUGUCUACAGAUGCACCACUAUGGUCUUCCCUUUGUCCGAGAUGCCGCGGUUUCCACAAAGCACGAGUAGGCCAUUUGAUGGGAUGUCAAAUGAGCAGCUUCAAAAACCUCUAUGGUGAAAAGUGUGCAAACUGUAAUCUCACAUUCUUUCGCGAAAGCCAAAACGCAGGUCGCGAAAGGUUCGCAAAAGCCCCGCGAAAGAACCCCAGAAGAACAGCGUCGCGAAAGCUUUCGCGAAAGUCAAAUUUCUUGUGCACGUCGUAUUGUUUACGUGGGUGACAAUAUUUUUAUGCAGGCAGCCGCAGCAGGCCAGCCAGCCAGCCGCAGCAGACCAGCCAGCAGCAGCAGCAGCACUGAAGAGCAAGUGAGCCGCUCUAAAAGCCUGCUUUUACAUCUUAAGUAAGGACCUUGUCAUAUCGAAUUCCGCGUAAGCAAAACCCUGGGUUGCGUAAGAUUGCGUAAGCAUUUCGCGUAAGCAUUUCGGAAGUUUGUGUUGCAAAAGUGAGGGCCGCGUAAGCAGCGCGUAAGGCCUCGCGCAAGGAAAGUGAUACGACAUAGGGAGUGACUCCAGGUUUUUAGAGCGGCUCAAGUGUUUCAGGGGGAAAUCGAAAAGCCCAGACGAAUUUCCGCGAAAGCCGCGCGAAAGCCUCGCGAAAGAACCGCGCAGUGUGCAGCUGUUGGAUAGGACUUGCGCACGGAACGGCUUUAGAUACGAAAGGUUGGGAUAGAUUCCAAAGGUGGACGACUGCUGCUUUGGCGACGUUCUGUCAUUCUUGAUGUCGACUUUCACAAGCGCUGGUUCACCAAAGCUAUCCAGGAACUAAAUUCCAGCAGAAGCAAAAAAAAGGUGAGGAUAUUUCAGAUUAAUGCUUGCCUCACCGCUUUCCAUUUCCAUGGUUGAAAAUAGCCGCUCUGCGUGAUGUUGACGGAUUCGUUGAGACAGCACUUGUUUGCAGUGCUGCAUGUUGGAAUCACGCGUGGCAUGGACCUUGACUUGUCGAAUGCCCGCUGCACAACCUCAACCGCGGAGAGACCUUGGUUUGAAGCCUUGCUGCUGCCCCAUCCAAACCGUCAAGAGCUUGAAGCACAUCCUCCCAAGACACGCGGUUUCAAGCCGUUUAGGCUUUGCAUUGCCCAUGGAGGACGGCAACUUGGAGAUGUUGAGGUACAUCGCUUGCAACCCUCACUCCACUCUUUCUGCAGAAAGCUUUUCCGCACGUUUUGAAAGAUAUGAGAAGUGUCCAUUAAGGGUCGACCACGUAGGGGCAUAACUCAUCGUUUGGUUCAGUCCCCUUGGGGGCCCAUGUUGCAGCAAAAUGCAGACAUCACUCCAGCCGCAAACGGAAGCCUGGCCGUGCUCACCUUCUGUUUUCAAUCCGCAUGGCAUAUGGCUAUGCAG